UGUAAAUGUCAAAUCAAAUCGGUCAAUGGCGGAUGAAUGAAAUAAAGAGUCCGGAACCGCAUCGAAACGAAAUUAUUUAUUACAAUUUUUUCGUAAACAAAUACUAUAAGUUAUCGUAGCAGUAGCUGCAAUUUUUACUAAAGUCGACAAAUUAAUUAGGCAGAAUGUCUCGUUCGGUCCGUGCGGAAACUAGAAACCGUGUUAAAGAUGAUAUCAAAAGAGUCAUGCAAGCUGUGGAAAAAGUUCGCCAUUGGGAAAAAAAGUGGGUGACUAUUGGUGAAACGACUAUGAAAAUAUAUAAAUGGGUGCCAAUAUCUACAAAUGAGCAAAAAAAGAAACACGCGGCUAAACGUGAGAAUAAGGAGAACACAUUGACUCCGAAGAAAGUACACGACUCUUCAAACUCCAACUUUGGCAUGGCCGAGGAUUCCAACACAUGUUUUUCAACAGUUAGUGAUUCCCAAGGGCCCACAGAGUUUACAUCAACAGCAAUGAACUUCUCUGAGGACUCCAACUCCCAGAGUAGUGGCACCACAACUCCAGCUAAGCGGUUAAAAACAGACUGAGGCUUGCUGAGCAUGUAACAUGUUGUAGCUGCAAGCCUGCAGGUGGACACUGUGCUUACAUACUGACAUUGUGAAUUGGUGGUGUGUGCUGUGAGUUCAGGAGUGUGCAUCCAAGGAGCUAGCAACCAUUCACCACAGAUGCAUUCAUGCUUUUAGUAGGUUUUAUUUUAUCAAACUUAUGACCACUUGUAAGAAAUGUGUUCUUAAUUAAUUAUGGUCACCGUGACCAAGAGUGAUUUCAUUUGAUUUUAUCAUUUUAUUUCACUGCUAGCUCAAUUCUUGCUAUUGUAAAUAAUAUUUCAUCAGUUUCAUAAAAUGUGACUUAAUUAGAAUAAUUUUAGAAAUGUAAUUAAUUUAAUAUUAUUUUAUUAAGACAACAAUUUCAUGUGGGUGUUUUGCAAAUUGUGAUAUUUUCACAUAAGUUGCAGUUAUUUAUGUUGAGAGCAUAUUUUAAUUUGUACAACAUAGAAUAUUGUGCAAUCAGUCUCCUGGUGGUACAAAGCCCUAUAGAAUGUAGUGCAUUAUUUUGCUGAAUUUUUAUUUGAAUUAGUGCUCUUCUAGGUUGAUAAAAAUCUACAUUAGACCAUACCACUGAACAAAAAGUACACAAUUCUUGAGUUACACAGAAGUCUAAGGUUAUGUUCAAAACUGAUUCUUUGACCCAGCUUUAAUAAAUUUAAGUGGUUUAUUGCCUUCCUUCUGGUGUAAGCUUAGAAUAUAUUUUUUAUUGGAUUUCACACAUGUUUGUGUAAUUUAGUAAAAUUUAUUAAAUUAUCUGGUAUGUAUGGGAUUGGCAGACUGGACUAACAAAUUUGUCUGUAUUUGCAACAUCACCAGUCUGAUAUUUUAUUUUAUAAAUAGUUAAUAGUUCAUAAUUACUGAGAAUUCCAUCAUUUUAUAAUGCUGUGUUCAAGAUAUAUUUUAUAUUAUGACAUUCUUCAAUACUGAUUUUCUAUGUGAGAUUGAUGCCAUUUUUAUUUUACUUAUUGUAAUUGAAAUAUUGUUCAGUUCACAAAAUCGCUGAUAGAAUACAAUGUGAAUGUUUUGUUUUAUGGAUAAUAAUGCGACACAUUAACAUUAUUGUAAAUUUCAUGUAUUAUAUAAUAAAUAAUAUGUAAUAUAAUAAUAUAGUAAUUAGUAAGAUGAAAAUAAAGAUAUAUAACUUAUUA